AUGGAGGAUGGGCAUAGCGAUGAUGACGAUGAAGAAUUGGGUCGAAAGAAGAGGCUUUUGGAUCAGGAGAAACAAUCCAACGUCGCGUCGAAGAGACGAAAAACUGACACCAUGGCUGCUGGAAACGAGGUUGAUUUGACCCAUUGUGACAGUGACAGUGACACUGACGACCCUGAUACCAGUAGCCAUCCUGUGACAGGCGGGCAAGCGCCACGGGAAAAUGAAGCCGAGGAUGAUGCCAAAGGGAGAGAAGGAAGUACCGAACCAACUCUGGCACAAGAGACUUCCAACAUGGCGGACAACGUCCAUGAAACCACUACAGGGGGAGACGGGUCCAAAUCCAAGGAAAUUGGCCAACUGGCAGUGACAAUGGCUGACAUUUUUGAGGAACUGGCACAAGAGGAGAGCGCCAACCGAACUGCCAAACCUGGAGAGGAAAAUGCGUCAGAAUGGCCAGACGAGGAGGAGAGCCAUGGGGACAACAGGGAAGCUGUAGAAACGGCGACAAACAAAACUUCUGGGGAAGUGGUUGCCGAGACGAAUGGGGAUGAAGUGGAAGCUACUAUGACUGUUGUGGAGCAUGCGGAAAACGACAAUGAUGAGACUCCAGACAGUGAUGAAAGCAGUGCCGAAGAAGACGACUUGUUGGCAAGUCAUGAUCAAGGCCACAGCAACAAUAGCAAUCUACAAGAAGAAACCAUUCAGCUGGAAGAAGAAAUUCGCUUGCUAGAACAAUCCAUCAAGAGUUUGAAUGCGCGCAAACACGGCAUGGAUCGGCAAAUGGAAGCAUCUACUGCUCGACAACUCAAGAUUGCUAAAGCCCUCGCAUUCCAACGCGAACGCAAACAACACUUGCUGGCCAGUCAAAGCAAGCACCAAACAUUGUUGCAGGAUCUGCAAAAGUCAUUGACCAAAUCCCAAGACAUUCUCAUGAGACUCAACACCACCAGUACUAGUAGUAACGAUGAUGAUGAUGAUGAGGAAGCCGUAGUUGUAUUGACCGAAGAAGAGAUUCAAAAGUUGACGGAAGAAAUUCGACGGCAAGAAGAGCGGACCACGCAACAACAGCAACAACUUCAACAAGAUGAUGAGGGACAGGAGGAAGAAGAAUCGCCACACAUCAAUACCAAUCCACUGCCAUUAUCAUCGACGAAUGAAAAGAAGGUUGUGCCCAGUUGCCCCAUCAUUCCCAUUCACGAGGACGCGUCUCGUCUGGAAGCGUUUUGGAAGGGACACAACAUCAUGUACGAUAGUCAUUCUUGUCUGCACAGUUUCAUCCCUUGCAUUGGUUCCCAAGAGACGCUGGUUCGAAUCAUGGACAUUAUCGCCGAGGAAACCCUUGCUCAAGACGCCAACAACGAUACGACCCAGGCCGCAGAGUAUCGGCGGAACAGUCUGCGCAAUACAUGCUUGGAUUUCGUGCUCAUGGCAGGGAACACACAACAUGUCAAGAAAGCAUCGAAUCAAAACAAUAUUCCAAUUGCCGAACAGGCAAAAACUGAUGUCGCGACGACUGGACGAGACGAUGAGCAACCAAACCAGGAAUCCGCGUUGCAUUUGAACCCGCACGUGGCCCUGUGCCCGUACGAGCUGGCAGGAGUCUGUGCUGAUCCGUACUGCCCCUAUCAGCAUAUCAACGUGGAGAAUCGACCCAACAAAGUGUCGCUGUUGCCGAGAGAGAUGCUGCCCUUGCCACCGUUGAAGUUGCCAGAACAACAAAACACGGACGAAGAAAAAUUGGAGGAAGCGAGCGACAAGCAGAGAUCAAUACUUGUAGAAGCCAAGGAGGAACAAGGUGUCACGGAAGCUACCGCGCAAGUUGACCAAUUGGCCGCUACCCGACAACUCGCAUCAUCCAACGACGAUGAUGACACAAGAGAACUGUCACAUGACGAAUCCAAAAUGGUCCAAGCACCCGCAGCGGCGCAUUUGGAAGGAGAGCAUACCCACGAACAAUCAGCCGAAGCAAGAAGUGAAGAGAAUGAUGUUGCCUGUAACGAGUUUGAUGCGAACAUGGAUUUCAUCCCAUUCGGCGACGGUUCAGUUGAGGAACGCCGGGCCGAAACAAGAAGUGAACCGCAAGAGAAUGAGGAUGAUGUUGCCUGUAACGAGUUUGAUGCAAACAUGGAUUUCAUCCCAUUUGGCGACGGGUCAGCGGAGGAACGCGGGGCCGAAACAAAAAUGGAGGAACGCGGGGCCGAAACAAAAAGUGAUUCGCAGGAGAACGACAAUGAGCAUGUUGUUGCCUCCAACGAGUUCGAUGCGAACAUGGAUUUCAUCCCUUUCGGCGACGGUUCAGUGGAGGAACGCGGGGAAUCUGACGCAGACGAUGAAUCAGAUGGCGUCGUCGACUUGGAGACUGCUGGACUCUUACGCCUCACGACAGGCAGGACUUCAGGAGCAAAUGAGGAAUUGCAAACCUCGAUUGAAAAGAUUCCAAGCUGGCCGUGGUGGCGUAGCGAGGAAAACGGAAUGUCGCAAAACACACCCCAAGAGCUCUCUUCGUUUGAUGACUUUCUACUCUCUUACGGGGAAUUCCAAGCUCACAGAAACAAAGACGGGCCGCGUGUACUAGAAUAUCAUGGAACCAUCCCAACCUCCAGUUCAGCUCAACAAGUGUUUGCGUUCACCGCCAGGGUAGUGGACUGUGCCGGUCUAAUGGUCCAUGCUGGAAGAUUUGACUUGACGGAGCCAUUGUGCACCAUUGCAGCGAACGUGAUGCGGAGCGCGUCAAGAGAAAACAGCACGGUCGAGGGCAAGACCACGGCCGUUUUCCAUCAGGUUUUGGAGACUUUACUACCAACGCUGAAAACCGCUUACUCCUGCCAGCAUGGCAUCCGCGGCACAUUUCGCUGCCAGUUGCUACUUGCACUCAUUUCAGAUCGCUUGAAGCGAUGUCACCAUGCUCUCGCCAUCAGCACCGAGGACGAACCUUGGUCCUUGCAUUGGGGUUCUGACUGGUCGAACCAAUUAUCGGGCAUGCUCUCUGAGAGCGGGGAGAAUGAUUUAGAGCAAGGAUACCCCAAUCACGGGCGGAAGCUUGAUGCUUGGUAUAUUCGUGAAUCUGUCAAAGAGGCGGUUUUUCGCAAAGACGACGCAGAAGGCGUCUCGGACGACAAGCAUGAAAUGCGGCUCAGUCUCGCUUUGCUAUCAAACUUGCGGGAGGCACUCGUGUUCUCGUCCGCAGUCCGAGCGCGUUUCUCGUUGGAUGCAGCGGCAAACGACUACGUGAAGUCAAUCUGGACUAUUGUGAAAAGUCGUCUUUGCCAGCGAACAAGAGUUCUCCCACGUUCUGCCGUCUUUCAAAGGUCUUACAUAUACUUCGGAUACAUCCUUCUUGGUGUUCUGGAAGGAGCUGUGGAUUAUCUAAAUGGUCUUGAAGGGGGCAACAUCCAUGCUCUUGCCUUCUCUUCAUUGGUACAGCUUGACGUUGCAAUCUACGGAAUCAUAAAGCAGUUGACGAACAACCCCCGAAGCGCUGAUGACGAAUCUCCCAUUCUCGAGCUCCUGUUCACUCCCAUCUUGGCAGCAUCUGCGAGCCUUUCUUGUCGCCUUGGUCAAUACGCUAAAGCUCAGCAUCGAUUAGAAGACGCACUGAGCAUUUCAACCACCAAGAGCAAACUGCCCAACUUUAUGACAUAUUCGGAACUUCUUUGGUCACAAUUGCUUCACCUGCGGAGUUCUCUUCCGUUUAGCCAACAAGCCAUGACGACAAACAAGCCAGCACGGCGCUCGGGGACGUUGUUACCGAAGGAUUUGAAGCAGCAACACGAGGCACUGGCAAUCACGGUUGCAAUGCUGGGAUUGGACCUACACCACGUUUGCCUUGCGGGCGACUGGAACCUUCUGGCUCGAAUGAAGCUACCAGGUAGUGCACGGGCAACAAAAUCCAAUGGUUCGAAAGAAGCCACAAAGCUGAGCAGCCUGAGCACCUCGUUGCUGAGGGAUGGAACUGAGGACCUUUCAAUUGUACUGCAAUCUGGAUCAAGCAUCCAAAGUCUAUCUAGAUCAGAACUGUCAACAAGGUUCCCGAUGAGUCUGCUUGUUUAUGGAAAUAAGAUCACCUCCUUGAGCCUCGUUUCUUGUGAGCUACUCGAUCUGCCAUUUUCGUUUGGUGUCUACCUGUCGAACUUGAAGGCUCUCGACGUGUCUCGAAACAAUCUUGUCUUCCUUCCGGACUCUUUUGGAGCAUUGAAGAAUCUCCGGAGCUUUGCAGCAAAUGACAACAAACUCCAAGCAUUGCCAUCGUCCUUUGGAAGACUGUCCAUGCUGCGAAAGCUGCUGCUCUGCAACAAUGCCUUUACUUCCUUUCCUUUGUCUUUGAGAAGACUGAAGCAAUUGGAAGAGCUCCAGCUGGCCGGAAGCGAAUUCACAAUGAGCAACUCAGCACAGCUCACCCUCGAAUUGCCAAAGCUGCGAUUCUUUUCCGCACCGGUUGUGACGGGGGACAGAGACGAGGAAGUUCAAAGAGAAGAGUCCUAG